AUGUUACCGUCUGGGCAUCGUUUCACCUCUAUGCUCAUAGAAUACACGCAUUGCAAAUAUCUCCAUGCUGGAGAUCAGACGGUUCAUUACCUUCUCGGUAAUCAAUUUUGGAUUAUGUCCGCCAAACGCGCGAUAAGACGGGUGCUGUCAAAGUGUCUAAGAUGUUUCCGUACCCAACCGGUAUCCACUCCACCACGCAUGGGGGAUUUGCCUCCUUCUCGGUUUUCUCAAAUUAAACCCUUUCUACGAGUUGGGGUGGACUACGCCGGACCCUUUUCUAUUACCAUGGCCAAAACGCGCGGUGCUAAAACGCUAAAAGCGUAUUUAUGUCUAUUCAUAUGUUUUGCGACGAAAGCUCUACAUUUGGAGCUCGCCUCAGAUUUAACCGCCGACGCCUUCCUAGCGGCGUUACGACGCUUUCUUGAGCGGCGAGGGAGAUGCCAGCAUAUCAAUUCCGAUUGCGGUACUAAUUUUAUUAGUGCCCACAGACAAUUAGAUCAAUAUAUGCACGAAGCUGUACAGUCGGAACAGAUUCAUUGGCAUUUCAAUCCGCCAUCAGCUCCACACUUUGGUGGUUUGUGGGAUGCCGGCGUCAAAUCGGUAAAGACCCACCUAGUCCGUGUCAUAGGCCACCAAAUCUUAACCUACGAAGAGCUCUUAACUUUAGUCUCUCAGGUCGAAGUAAUGCUGAAUUCCCUUCCGCUUCAUCCUGUAAGCAGCGACCCAAACGACUUGACCGCACUGACUCCCGUCCAUUUUCUUACGUUGGCCCCUUUAAUUGCACUCCCAAACCGGACCUUGCAGACGUGCCGGUGA